UAUGAUAUAGAUGCAAUUCCACGGGGACAGCAGAAAAAUUUGCACCGCUCAACUUAUAAACGCCUUUCGAAUCUUAGUGAUGGAGAUUGGACUACCACAACAGAGUCAUUUAUGUCACAAAUUAAUUUAAAGGAUGACUAUCGACUAAGGGAAAAGAAACCAAUAACAGAUAUGAAGGAUACUAUCAAGGAAUUUUUUGAGAGAACUUCUGGCUGUCCUGAAACAAAUCAUUAUAAUGCUAUACCAAGGCACCAUCCAGACCACUUCAAAAUGUUUCUGGAAACAACAUACACUUAUGACUUCUCUCCGCCUUACCAUUAUACUCCGAGUUCUGAAGAGGUGCCAGAGAUAGCUGAUUUCAGGAAGUGCCAUUCACAGUUUGUGGAUAGGGAUGAUUACCGUCACUGGGGCCGGAACACCUGGCUGGAUGAGAGUGGCAUUUACCCCAACUCUGAACUCAAGAGAAUCCUCUUCCCACCGUCCAACCCAAUACCUACUCGCCUGAAUUAAAUCUCAUGAAGACUAAUCUGAUCAAAAAAAGCUUUUACUAUUUUUGCAUGCGCCAGACUGUGUUUUAGUUUAGUCACUGUUUUAAUAUGUUUCUAAUAAUUUUUGAUCAUGUAUAGAAAUUCUUUGCUGACUAAAUUAUGAAGGCAUAACUUACCCCUUCUCACAUAGUUAAGAAAAUACUUCUACCCUUAGAAUUAGUAUAAUCCACAUUCCAUUU